CACACACACACACACACACACACACACACACACACACACACACACACACACACACACACACCCUCGUCAUUUGUUUCUGGUUCCUGUCUCUGCAGCUGCUCUCACCCUUCCUCGUCUUUUCUCAGUUCUGUUACACUUUUUCCUACUUGGUGGUGGGAUUUAGUGUGUUUCAGCUGAGCGAUGUGUUGUUCGGUGGGUUUUGCAAGGUCCUUGGGUCUGGCCCUGGUGCCUCUGGCUCUUUGCUCCAUCCUGGCCAACCUGCUGCUUCUGUUCCCUAUGGGGCAAAUCACCUACAUUCAGGACAACCGGCUGGCGAGCUACAUCUGGUACUUUGGGGGACUAGGAGGUGGGGGUCUGCUGAUGCUGUUUCCAGCUGUUGUCUUCGUUACUCUGGGGAAAUGCAGCUGCUGCUGGAAUGAGAGUUUAAUGAUGUGUGGCUCAGUUCUGGCAGCUGUGGUCGGCCUGCUGGGGUCUGGAUACUGUUUUGUCAUAUCAGGGUUGGCAUUGCUGCAGGGUCCACAGUGCUUCACAUCUCUGGGAUGGUCGUACCCAUUUGCAGACCACGGGCGCAGGUAUCUCUUGCAGCCAGAGAUCUGGUCACGGUGCCUUCAGCCAGUCAACAUUGUGGAGUGGAACGUGACUCUGCUGUGCGUCUUACUCGGUCUGGCUGUGCUGGAGUUCAUCAUCUGUUUCUUACAGCUGGUCAACGGUUUAGUCAACGUGGUGUGUCGGCCUUGUUGCUAUAAGCAGGAGUAUAGUCUGAAUGCAUAGUGAAACACAUUGUAUGUAAGCUCACUUACACAGACACAAGUGCAUGUAUGCACUUAAAAUACAUAUGUGACAACCAGGAACAAACCAAGCAUAAGCCGAGGUCUAUGUGCACACAAAACCUCAUUGUAGAGCACUGUGUGUGCAACACACACACACACACACACACACACACACACACACACACACACACACACACACACACACACACACACACACACACACACACACACACACACACACACACACACACACACACGCACACACAAUUACUGUCAAAAGUCACUGCUCAGUUAUUGAUGAUGCACUGAGUGUAAUGCGGUAUGUAUAUGUCCGUUAAACUGCGUACACUGGAAUAUGUCACGUAUUCGACAUCAGUAUCAGGACUGUCUUAUAUUUGAGCCAAUAUGGAACUUAUGUAUAUAACACCAAGUAAUUCAUGUGUUUCAUCCAUUAUAAUCUGCACUUAAAGAGGAACUAUGCAACUCUUUAAUCUUAAUUUUACAGUUUGGGAGUUACUGUAAUAGCUAAAUAACCCCAC